AUGGCCAGGGCCCCCGACCCCCUCUCGAAGAGCCUGCCCGCGGCCCCGGUGACGGUGCCGAGGAGCUGCCCUCGGAUCACGAGCCAGCCAACCUCCGGGAAGGCCGCCACCACGAGGGUGGUCUCUGGAUCGUACGUCCAGGUGGCCCGUGCCACGUCGGCGCAUUCCCGCAGCACGUCCAUCGAGCGAACGGCGUUCCGCUACAGCAGGCCUAUGGACUGGUAUGGGCCCAAAGCUGGCCCGGAAGAGCGGCGCGCGUCCGCCCGAGCCGAGAUGGCUGCGGAGACUCUGGCAUGGAAGGGAGGGUCUUGCUGA